CGUCCGGUUGCUGAACUUCCCCACCGAACUCAAUUCCAUCCACCAAGUCUUCAUCGCAAGUCAAUCCAAGUCAAUUCCAACCAGCAAAGCUGAACCCACCCCGCAAAGAAAAAGAACCAUGUCCGCCCGCACCCUGACCUUCCCCAAGCUCCCCCCGCGCUCCGCCCUCCUCCCUCAAUCCCACCCACUGGCAUCCCUCCUCCGUCUCCGACCUCUAUCAACAGCAGCAGCAGCAGCAGCAGCAGCAAACCCCCAAGGACACAAUCUCACCCUCAAGCUCACCCGCCCCCUCACGCGCCCCCUCCACCAAAACCCCACCCCCCGCCUCCCCCGCCUCCCGCUCCUCCAGGUUCACACCCAGCCAUCCGGAAGAAGACCCUACACAACCGGCAAAUCAACCAGCGACAUCAUCGUCGAAGAGCUGCAGGAUCUCUACGAGACCGCCAAAGACGAAUUCGAAAUCGCGACCGAAAGCACCGACGCCGCGACGAUCUACGCGGCCUCGGACCGCGAGGCGGCGCGCGACGCCCUGAACGAGCUGCUGGCCGUGUACACGCUGUACACGCGGGACGUGUCGCUGCUGGACGCGGCGGGGCGGUCGGGGGUGGAGAGGUUGCUCGGGGCGGAGGGGGCGGACGAGGUGAAGAUCGAUACCGGGUUGAAUCCGCAGGGGAUUGAGGAUGCGGUGCGACAAGAGGUGCGGAGGCGGGUGGGGCAGCGGGUGCGGGAGUUGAAGGCUGCGGUUGAGGGGUUGGAGGUGAGGGGGCAUGAGGAUUUUAAGUAUCUGGAUUGCGGGGGGUUGGUGGGUUGUAUACUAUACUACGUAUGA